GAGGCCGGAAGGGGCGGGGCGAGGCGCGGCGGCGCUGGCGGUGGCGUGCCCCCCCUUGGUCUGCUGCUGCUCGUCCCGGUCCCGCCCCGGUCCCGGCCCCGUCGGGAACUAUGUCCGAGGGAGUGGACCUGAUCGACAUCUACGCCGACGAGGAGUUCAACCAGGACUCUGAGUUCAGUAAUGCUGACCAGAUGGACCUGUACGACGACGUGCUCGCAGCCAGCUCGCAGCCCCCCGAAAGCCGCACCAGCAGCUCGGAGCCUCCCCCCGAGAUCCGCCAGGAGCCGUCCCCCAAGCCCAACAACAAAUCCCCUGCCAUCCUGUACACCUACAGCGGGCUGCGCAACAAGAGGGCCGCCGUCUACGUGGGCAGCUUCUCCUGGUGGACGACGGACCAGCAGCUGAUCCAGACCAUCCGCUCGGUCGGCGUCUACGACGUGGUGGAGCUGAAGUUUGCAGAGAACCGGGCCAACGGCCAGUCGAAAGGGUACGCAGAGGUGGUGGUUGCCUCUGAGAACUCGGUCCACAAGCUGCUGGAGCUGCUGCCCGGCAAAAUCCUCAACGGGGACAAGGUGGAGGUGAGGCUGGCCACCCGGCAGAACCUGUCACAGUUCGAGGCGCAGGCUCGCAAACGUGUGCCGCCACGGGCCCACUCCCGGGACUCCAUGGACUCCAUGGACGGCCGCGCCACGCCGACGGAGAACGCGCUGCCGCCCGCCCGCGUGGAGAAGCCCCCCUCCAUCCUGCCCUUCUUCAAUCGCCCCCCCGCCGCCCUGCCCCUCAUGGGGCUGCCCCCGCCGCCCAUGCCGCCCCCGCCACCCCUCUCCUCCGGCUUCGGCGUCCCCCCGCCGCCACCCGGCAUCCACUACCAGCACCUCAUGCCCCCGCCGCCCCGACUGCCCCCCCACCUGGCCGUGCCGCCCCCGGGGGCUGUCCCCCCGGCCCUGCACCUCAACCCGGCCUUCUUCCCCCCGCCCAGCGCCGCCCUGGGUCCCCCGCCAGACGCCUACGGCAAGGCCAUGGCCCCCUACAACCACAGCAGCCGGGAGCUCGGCCCGCCGCCGCCCGCCGUGAGCGAGGUGGAGUUCGAGGAGAUCAUGAACAGGAACCGGGCCAUCUCCAGCAGCGCCAUUUCCAAGGCGGUGUCGGGCGCCAGCGCAGGCGACUACAGCGACGCCAUCGAGACCCUCCUCACGGCCAUCGCCGUCAUCAAGCAGUCCCGCGUCGCCAACGACGAGCGGUGCCGCGUGCUCCUCUCCUCCCUCAAGGACUGCCUGCACGGGAUCGAAGCCAAGUCCUACAGCACAGGCGCCAGCGGCAGCUCCUCCAGGAAACGACACCGGUCUCGGGAGCGCUCUCCCAGCCGGUCCCGCGAGAGCAGCCGGCGGCACCGGGACCUGCUGCACAGCGAGGACCGGCACGAGGACUAUUUCCAGGAGCGGAACCGGGAGCACGAGCGGCAUCGGGACAGGGACAGAGAGAGGGACCGGCACCACUGAGACAGGAGUUCGGCAGUAAGUGGUUUUUAACGGACUCGUAUCUCCUCACCUCAACCAGGACUGUGCCACCGAGGCCGCUCCACCCCCUGCCCCCUCCCCACCGCCCCCGGCUCUCUCCGGGCACCCGAGGCAGGGCCGCGCUGUGCCCCGCGGACUCCCUCCGACACCUCGUGGCCUUGGGGCCUGAGCCCCUGCCCGCACCCGCCGCCGCCGCUGCUUCCCGGGGAGAGGCUGGAAGCCGGGGAGCCCGGGCCCCCCCGCCCCGCUCCGCGGACGCUUGGACCCAAAGAGAAAUGGUGCUUUGAUACCACGGAGGGAGGUCUGUGAGCCCUUUCCUCUCUGCAGCCCUCUGGGGGUGUCUGGAAGGGGACGGAUGCUCCCAGGUGCGUGCAGCGGGGCGGCUGGGAGGCGUGCAGCCCGCGCCCUGCGUCUGUUUGGCCGGGGG